CUUGGUGCGAAAUGGAGGGCCAGCUGAAAGAUAUCCCGCUUACACUCGAUUCUAAGCUUGUUGAUGAACACGUUGAUCCGUUUUUGUUGGAUGAAGAUAAGCUGUCGUUGCCACAGCUGAUUAAGAGGAUCAUACACGAGCGUCACCCGUUCGUAAGCAUCACAGAACACGAUCUGGAGCUGGAAAUCAACGGGAAGGACGUGGCCACGCCUUCUCCCCAGUCGUUGGACGAUGGUGCCGAGGGCAGCGAUGUUGAUACAGGCCCACUCUCUGUAUCUUCGCAGAACGAAAGGUUCUACAAGGACAAGAACGAGGCGCUGAAACACAUCUCGAUGGCGCUGAACGAGUCGUCGUUAUCACUGGACUUUGUCUCGCUGUUGAUUAGCUGUGUGAGACCAGCAGCUGGUACCAUUUCAAUGUCUGCGCAUUUGAAGAAGUUUGUUCCUCCAGGCUCAUUCAACUCAGAUCUCGUGCAGAGCACGGUCACUCCACAGGCUAAGGAGGAACAGUUCAAAGAGGAGAAGAUCAUCGGGCAAGGCUGGAAGCUUUCAAGUCUGGAGGCGUCGUCUGAUACAUUGCACAACGCUGGCGCACGUCUAUCUGAGGAGGUCCAUAGAGAGAAGAUCUUCUGGGAUACCAUCAAGAAGAACUUCAACAACAAGGAGAUCUUGUACAAGACGAGGGAUAAAGUCACCGGGAAAAGAGUAUUUGCAGUGAAGUACGGAUACGCAGAUUCGGGCUCCACAUACAGAGUGAAGGGGAGUGUGAUGCUAAAACCAAUGGAUGGAAGCUUAGAGCUGGUUCCUAUAGUGGAAGGUAAGAAGACGGUGGUUGAUGGCAACCGUGUUGUCAGGGUUCGUAUCUGGGGUAAAAGGGACGGAGAAGAUGAACUUAUAGGGGAGUCAAAGUCCAGGAUGGAUGAGAAGUUGAAGAGUGACGGGUCUAUAAGAUCGAAGAUUGAAAAGCUCCGUUACUUCAUAUUUGAAGAGGAACUGUUCAACCAACUCAUGGAUGAGGCCGUUGGAUUGAUUGCCUACAAUGUGAAGAUUGAGAGCGAGACAAAGAUCUCCAUCGAGUCACAUGAUGAGGUGACUGAGGUUGAGUAUGUCGAAUACGUCGACGAAGCCGAGGAUGAGGAUACUAGCAUGAACGGAGUGACAGAGAGAAGCGAAAACAACAGAGCUGAGCUCUUUGCAACAUACUUGAGAUUGAUGUUGACGUUAAAGCAUAAGGAGAACCUCGAGAGUAAGUCCCAGCCCACGGUCUUGAAGUCAUCCAACACGCGGACUCUGCUGAAGCCAUAUUCCUUACUGUUGAAGCCAUUGGUUGGACGUUUCAGACACGAAGAUGCUGCUGAUGGCGUAUACAACUUGUUGAAGACGUUGACCACUGCUGAGUCAAAGUUACAAGUGAAGAAGUAUUGCAACAUCACAACCGACCAGUUGAAACAGGACCCAUUCAAGAAGAUCUCCACACCAGGAUUGACAGCAUUCCAGGCAAGAUUCACAGGAGCUCUAACCGUGAGGGUUGAUGUUGACUCGUUUGAUUUCGUCAACUACGUGAUCCAUACGAAGGCUACGUUUCAGGGGAAGCCAGUGCUGUCUACAAAAUUCGAAGACGUUGCACAGCUCGAGGAAUGCCUGAAAUGGCUAAUGGAUGUUUAUAAAUGAUUAGUUGCCCAACUUGUUG